CCGGUGCUGGGCAGGACCCCGGGAGGCCGUCAACCUGGCUUGGCUGGCUCCACCGGUGCUCCGCUCCUGGCUCGCCGUCGUCCCAUCACUGGUGGCUCUCGCAUCCUCUGCCUCCCCGCGCGCGCACAAACGCGGAGACUGCACUGGACCCUUCCUAUUUUCAAUGGCUGAUCUGGUCCCUAGAAGAAAGGGUUCCACUCGGGCGUCUAUUGCUGCUAGCCCUGGGGAAAGCCUGGCUUGGAGCCUCCCAAAGCGGGGGAGGGGGCAGCUCUUGAAGCUCUGGUCCGAGGCCAACUCGGGUGCUGACCUCUUGGCCACCGUGCACCCGCCUUUGAAAGUUCAGGUCCUCGGACAGGAAAAGAGACUGCAGUCCCAGAGUGGCUAUGUCUCCAGUAGAAAGAGGCAACAUUGAAGGACAGGAGGUUUCUGUCUCAGGGCUCCCCUGUGCGUAACAGAUUGGUUCGGGACAGUCAGGAAUCCGAACACGGGAGCAAGGAGGGGGCACAAGAGGGACCGAAGGCUCCAGGUGCAGCAUUCACACACGCACUCAACUUUGAAGUAGAUAGAGGACACUGGGAGGUCAGAAGGGUCUCUGGAUGCCCACGCGCUCAGUCUGGGCCUUGAUAGAAAGGCUGUAACACCGCUUCGGUGUCUCCUGCAUCUCCUCGCUGCGCUCCUUACCACUACCGUUUUCUGGGCCUCUAGCCCUAGCAUAUUUCUCAUUAUUCAAGUGCCACUGCGUGCUCGAGAGUGCAGCUCUUCGACAGACAUCGGCGCCAGGGUUAACGCGGGUCUCAUGCGGGGCGGGCUGUGGGAAUUUUCCACGGACCGCAGGACCCUUCAUCCACCCACCCGCUGUCGCCACCUCUGGGGAAUCAGUGGGGUUUCACCAGCUUGUGCGUUCAGUUUGCGAUUGGCUGCGGGCGCCCUCGCGCGGCUGUGCUACUAUUUGAAGGAGUCCAAGGGCAGUCGGCGGUGGUUACUCUUUCUGGAAGGCGGCUGGUAUUGCUUCAACCGGGAGAACUGUGACUCCAGAUACAGCACCAUGCGGCGCCUCAUGAGCUCCAAAGACUGGCCACACACGCGCACAGGUACUGGUAUUCUAUCCUCCCAGCCAGAGGAGAACCCACACUGGUGGAAUGCCAAUAUGGUCUUCAUCCCCUACUGCUCCAGUGACGUUUGGAGUGGGGCUUCACCCAAGUCUGAGAAGAAUGAGUAUGCCUUCAUGGGCUCCCUCAUCAUCCAGGAAGUGGUACGGGAGCUCCUGGUCAAAGGGCUGAGUGGGGCAAAGGUGUUGCUGCUGGCUGGGAGCAGUGCUGGGGGCACCGGGGUGCUGUUGAAUGUAGACCGCGUGGCUGAGCUGUUGGAGGAGUUGGGCUACCCAUCUAUCCAGGUGCGGGGCCUGGCUGACUCAGGUUGGUUCCUGGACAACAAGCAGUACCGACGGUCAGACUGCAUCGAUACCAUCAACUGUGCACCCACGGAGGCCAUCCGCCGAGGCAUCAGGUACUGGAGUGGAAUGGUCCCAGAGCGCUGCCAGCGCCAGUUCAAGGAAGGAGAGGAAUGGAAUUGCUUCUUUGGCUACAAAAUAUAUCCCACUCUGCGCUGUCCAGUGUUCGUAGUUCAGUGGCUUUUCGAUGAGGCUCAGCUGACCGUGGAUAACGUGCAUCUCACUGGGCAGCCGGUUCAGGAGGGCCAGUGGCUGUACAUCCAGAAUCUGGGCCGAGAACUGCGUGGCACACUCAAGGAUGUGCAGGCCAGCUUUGCCCCCGCCUGCCUGUCCCAUGAGAUCAUCAUACGGAGCUAUUGGACAGAUGUCCAGGUGAAGGGGACCUCACUGCCCCGGGCACUGCACUGCUGGGACCGGAGCUUCCAUGACAGCCAUAAGGCCAGCAAAACGCCCAUGAAGGGCUGCCCUUUCCACCUGGUAGACAGCUGUCCCUGGCCCCACUGCAAUCCCUCAUGCCCUACCAUCCGGGACCAGUUCACAGGCCAAGAGAUGAACGUGGCACAGUUCCUUAUGCACAUGGGCUUCGAUGUGCAGACGGUGGCCCAACAGCAGGGGAUGGAGCCCAGCAAACUGCUAGGGAUACUGAGUAGCGGAAACUAGAUGUCUGCCUGCAGAGGAGGUAGUAAUGAAGGGGCCGGUCCACCUACUGUCCCAGGGUGACUCACCUCUACUUCUAGGCUCUUCUGCUCUCCCAGGACCCACCUGAGUAUGGAUGCCUGACUGUCUAUACCCUCCCUCUGCCCAGCUAGAAGAGUGGUCUGCCCUGAGCCCAGGGACCCUUCCUACCCCGUAUCUGUUUCCCUAGCCCCCAGGCCAGCUUAGGGGCAAGCCGGAAGCAAAGCCAAGCACUGGAUUCCUGAGCCUAUCAGCUCAGACAGUCCCUCCUAGCCCCCAACUGAUCCUGUUCUUUUGUAUUAUUUUAUAAAGUGACUUUUUUUAUUACUUUAAUUUUUAAAAGAAAUCGAAAUUAAGAAAUAUAUGAUGGAUGAUAUUGUUUUGUAACAUAUUUUUUCUUAAUAAUUAAAAAAAAAGAUAACAGACGCUCA